GGGAGACGUGGCCGAGGAAGGGGCGGAAGGCUUCUGGGGGGAGGUGGGCCUUGUCCGUCCAUCCAUCCAUCCAUCCACCCAUCCAUCCGCCCGCCAUGGCCAAGAGCGGGGCCCGGGGGCCCAGCCUGCGGGACAAGAUGGAUGGCAACGAGCUGGACUUGAGCCUGAGCGACCUGAACGAGGUGCCCGUCAAGGAGCUGGCGGCCCUUCCGAAGGCUACCAUCUUGGACCUGUCUUGUAACAAGCUCGCUUCCCUGCCGUCAGAGUUCUGUGGCCUGGUGCACCUGGUGAAGCUCGACCUAAGUAAGAACAAGCUCCAGCAGCUGCCCUCGGAUUUCGGCCGCCUGGUCAACCUCCAGCACCUGGACCUCCUCAGUAACAAGCUGGUUACACUACCCGUCAGCUUUGCGCAGCUCAAGAGCCUGAAGUGGCUGGACCUGAAGGACAACCCCCUGGAUCCCGUGCUGGCUAAAGUGGCCGGAGACUGCUUGGACGAGAAGCAGUGCAAGCAGAGUGCCGUCCGGGUGCUGCAGCACAUGAAGGCGGUGCAGGCUGACCAGGACCAGGAGAAGCAGCGCCGGCUGCAAGCGGAGCGAGAGAGCGAGAAGAAGCGGGAGGCCCGUCAGCGAGCUCGGGAGGCUCAGGAGCGGGAGCGACGCAAGAAGGAGAAGGUGGAAGAGAAGGAGCGGCGGAGGCGGGAGUAUGACGCCAUGAAAGCCACCAAGCGGGAGCCCGAGAAGAAAGUCAAGAAGGAGCCGACCGAGACCCGACCGAAGCCUGCACCCGCCCCACGCCCGCCACGGCCUCCUCCCCCGCGGCCGUCCUGGCCCUGGGCCCUCCUGAAGGUCCUGCUGCUGGUGCUGCUGGGCGCCGCGGCGGCGCUGGCCCUGUGCCGGGGGACGGACCUUCAGCGCCAACCCCUCUGCAUCAGCAUGAGCACCGUCUUUGAGGAGGCCCUCCACGGCCUGCGCAGCCACGGUGUCCUGCAGCGGGUCCUGCAGCCCAGUGGCUCGCAGCAGUGACCGGGUCACCGGCCUCGGGGGAGCCAGGACGCCUGGGAAUUGGCUGUGGGGUCGGCCCCCUCCGCCCCUGAAGCCCCUCACCUCGGCGGUCUGCAGGGUCCUGGCGGGCUUAGGGGGCCAACACUAUUCCUUAGAGGGGUGGUGAGCUGGGCGGGGAUGUACAGGCAGGGCUUGGGGAGGGGCCGGCAAGGGAGAAGUCCUUACCCUCAACCCACUCACAGGGCCGAGCAGGAUAAAAGCUAGGUAGAUUUCUGCUAAAUGGGGAAGCCGUGCCCACUCUGCUGGUUUACACUUGAGAAUCUUUGCCCUCAGUGACUGACACGAUGGAGGGGGGAAGAGGAAGGUCCCCAACAGCUCCAGUCAAGAUGAGCCCCUGGAGACUCAAUUGCAUCCCAGGGCUCAGCCUUGGCACUAACCAAGAGGGCACAGCUGCCAGCCUGAGCCCUGCUCCUGCCCUAGAACUCCCCUUCUCCAGCUGGAGCAUCUGCUGCAGCGGCCCUGGCCAGCCUGAGCAACAGGGUCCCAACGUCCCCCUUCCAUCCUGACCCGAGAUGCGGGAAACACACUAAGAGCGAGAUGCUGUGGGCACAAUGAGAUGGCACAAAAUAGCUUGGUAGGGAGCAGGUUGUGCUGCUCUCCAUCAUCAUCUCUGGCUAGGGGUUCCCAACUCCCACUGCAGACCCAAAGGGCCCUUUCCUGAAGCUGCCCCAUAGUGAGCCCCUGCACCCUGGAGGCUCAAACCCUCACCUGGCUGGUAGCACAGGCAACACACCAAGCAGCAAGAUCAAAAUUUUAUCACAGGAAGCCAGGCCCACUCUGGUGGGAGUUUACAGAGACCUUCCCGGGCCCCGGCCCACAACAGUCCACCUCGCCCCCAUGGUCCUCACCCUAGCUGUCCGCGGACUCUUAUUAAAUGACUUGUAGUAAACCAA